ACUUCGUGCUUCCUACUACAUGCCUGUUUACUCCCAGGUGUUUUUCCUCUUUGCAAGAUCCUUUCUCACGUGUUGUUCUUUCUUAUUCUUCUCUUGGCAAAUCUGUAGAGUCUCCAAGAGCUGUAAACCUUUCCAUGGAUAUGGGCGUCUACAUGGCAGCCCGGCGGUCAUGACGUAUAAUGUGAGCGCCGGCACAGGCAGGAAGCCCCCUGUCUUUCGUAUUCGGUUCCGUCCCCUCGCCGACGCGUUCUGCCGGAAGAGGCACGUGUGCUGCUGAAUGGUGCUAUGGAGUUAGUAGCCGGUUCUUACGAGCAGGUCCUUUUUGGGUUCUCUGUGCGUCCGAAACCCGAGGCGAGCGGCGACGAGGAGCAGAAAUGGACUCCUGCGGCUGACUUCACUCACCACGCCCACACGGCCUCCUUGUCAGCAGUAGCUGUGAACAGUCGUUUCCUCGUCACGGGGAGCAAAGAUGAAACGAUCCACAUUUAUGACAUGAAGAAGAAGACAGACCAUGGGGCCCUAGUGCACCAUAACGGCACAAUAACUUGCCUGAAAUUCUAUGGCAACCGGCACUUAAUCAGUGGAGCUGAAGACGGACUCAUCUGUGUCUGGGAUGCAAAGAAAUGGGAAUGCCUGAAGUCAAUCAGAGCUCACAAGGGACACGUGACCUUCCUUUCUAUUCACCCAUCCGGCAAAUUGGCCCUGUCCGUUGGUACAGAUAAGACAUUAAGAACAUGGAAUCUUGUGGAAGGAAGAUCUGCAUUUAUAAAAAAUAUAAAACAAAAUGCUCACAUAGUAGAAUGGUCCCCUAAAGGAGAGAAAUACGUGGUUGUCAUCCUGAAUAAAAUCGACAUCUAUCACCUUGACACUGCGUCCAUUAGUGGCACCAUCACAAAUGAGAAGAGGGUUUCGUCUGUUACGUUCCUCUCAGAAUCUGUCCUUGCGGUGGCUGGAGAUGAAGAAGUUGUAAGGCUUUUUGACUGUGAUUCACAAUUGUGUCUCUGUGAAUUUAAAGCUCAUGAAAACAGGGUAAAAGACAUGUGCAGUUUUGAGAUUCCAGAGUAUCACGUUAUGGUCACAGCAUCAAAUGAUGGUUUCAUCAAAAUGUGGAAGCUUCAGCAGGAUCAGAAAGUCCCCCCGUCUUUACUCUGCGAAGUAAACACCCACGCCAGGCUCACAUGUCUUGGAGUGUGGUUGGACACAGUGACAGACACAAAAGAAAGCCUUCCACCCGCUGCAGAGCCUUCCUCUGUAAGUGAAGAAGAGCAGUCCAGCGUCAACACGAAGGCAUUGGGCGCCAGAGAGCAGGAAGGAGGGGCGCUCCCGCAGCCCAGCACAGAGGAGUGCGGCCUGACUAGCAAUGGUAAUGAGCCAGUGAGAGGGAAUGCUUUGGUGCCAAGCAAGAAGAGGAAAACGGUAGAAAUGUUGGAAAAGAAGAAGAGAAAAAAGCAGAAAAUAAAACCAGUGCAGUGAAUCCCAGAUCUCUCCUCCUCAAGACAACUCUUAGAUGGAAUUAUUCUUUUCAAAAACUGUAUACCUAAUAUUUUUUUUUUUUUUUGAGUGAAAGCAAGGAAUUUCUUUUUAAAAACAUUUUUCUGUUUAUUCAUAAUAGAGUGCAUGCGUGUACACGUGAGAGAGGGAGAGAGAUGAACAUACUCUCUACACGCCUGAUCACGCCUCAUCCCCUUCCAGUCCUCCUAUCCAUUGGAUCCUGGGCGUUCACACAUGUGUCUAGCCUACCCAGCCUGGGGACUCAAACUGUGGUUGCCACGUGGAUCCCAGUUUCUUUGCAUUGCGUGUCAUUGGUGCACCACAGAGCUAAACCAAGGAAUUUCUUCUUCUGGAGAAAACGAGCAGUGUGAAAACUGCUUUUAGGUAGGGUUUUUAAAAAUAGCGAUAAAAUUAUUUUUUGCAGAUAUUUUGUAUCAGGCAUAUAAUGUUAUUGUGUAGUGUUAUUAUUUUUACUGUUGUGCAAAG